AUGUUCGCGGCGCCGUCGCGCAAGGCCGCGGCGGCCCGCGUCGCGCGGGGGCCCCGGGGCUUCGACGUCGGCGCGCCCGCGCCCGUCGCGGAGGCGGACCUGGAGCCGCCGCGGCCGCUCUGGGACCUCUCGGACGCGGGCUGCCGCGCGGGAAGCAACCAGUGGCGUGGACCGGCGGGCUGGCUGCGCUCCGCGCUCGCGGGCAUCCGGGACAUGGAGCGGCGCUGGAGGGAGGCGAACGCGCCGGGCCUGCGCGCCGCCGCGCGGCGGCGGGCCCGGCUCGCGGGCGCCGGCGGACAGACGCGCCGGGACGGGACGACGCUCGGGCUCCUCGCGGCGCUCGGGGGCACCUUCGACCUCGACGUCGUCGCGUCGGACCCGGCGAGCGGCGCGGAGCGCACGCUCGACACGCUCUCCUGGCGCCAGCUCGCGUCCCUCGCGCCGCUGGAGCGCGUCGGCGAGCUGCCGCAGUCGCCCGCGGUCGCCGCGGGCCUCGAGCGCGGCGGCGCCGUCGCCUGGGGCGCCGGGGACCGCGCGGAGCACCACCUCCUCCUGCUCCACGCCCUCGCGGCGCUGGACCCGGCGGCGCGCUUCUUCGACGACGCCGGCGCGCCCGCGCCCGCGGCGCCGCCGGGGCCCGCGCCCGCGGCGUUCGCGUUCCCGGACCUCGCGCCCGCCGAGGGCGCGGCGGGCGACUCCACGUUCGUCGCGCUCCGCCGCUCCUCCGUCGCCCGGGCGCGCGCGGUGCGGCGGGACGCGGGCAACGCCAAGCUCGCCGCGGGCCGCGGCAAGCUCGCCGCGCUCCUCGCCUUCCGGGCCGCGGCGCCCGCGCCCGCGCCCGCCGGCGCGCCGUCGCCCGCGCCCGCGCCCGCGCCGUCGCCCGCGGCCUCGCCCGCGCCGUCGCCGUCGCCCGCGGCCGCGCCGUCGCCGUCGCCGUCGCCCGCGGCCGGGCUCGGCGAGGCGCCCGUGCCGCCCCUGGACUGGUGGGACGAGCCGCCGUUGUAUUAA